UCAUAAUAUCUCACACUUUUUGUAUUCCCCCACCUUUACCUUCCCUAACCUCUCUUACCCAUCAAUGUCGAGCAAACGGAAAGCUUCUCCGGCGGAUUCAUCAUCGGAUUCUUCUAAACGACAUGCAUUAGAAGUAGUGAAAACUGUGGAUAUAGCUUCGGAUGAAGUAGCGGAAGGUUUUCGGGACGACGAUGAGUUUGUAGAGGAUAGGGAUAUUGUAUGUGAUAGUUCGAUCGGCGAAUCGUCUGGUCAGAAAGAGGUGAGAAGAGUUGCUGUACGGGCGAAUGAGGAGCAGGAGGGUGAGUUUUACGGAGAAAUUGUGCUGGAUAGUGAAGCUAGGAAAAAAUGGCCUCAUAGAUAUAUUUUAAAGGAUAACGUGAAUAUAAAUAGUGCAUCUAUGAGCUUAAAUUGCCAACAUGAUUCGGACGAAUUAAUUCAGGCCAAGUGCCAUUUUGCACAAGCAUUAGUUGAUAAUGUCAUUUAUAAACUUGGGGAUGAUGCAUAUGUAAAGGCUGCAGAAGAUGAAGAUGAUUACAUAUGCAAAAUUGUUGAAUUUUUUCAAGGUGUUGAUGAUAUGAAGUAUUUUACUGCUCAGUGGUUUUACAGAGCGAAGGAUACCGUAAUUAAAGCUCAUGACCAGUUUAUUGACAAGAAGCGUGUAUUCUUGUCAGAUAUUAAGGAUCACAACCCGCUUGAUUGCCUCGUAAAAAAAAUCAAAAUUGUUCCAAUAUCCUCAAACGUAUGUCAGCCUUUACUUAAUGUUAGAGUUUCACAUUGGUUGGAGAAUGAAUUGGUGCUUUGCUUAUAUGUUCUUAGCAAUCAUCUUCUCAUGGUAAGCUUACAAUUCAAGGAAAGUUUGCGAUUAGAAUGUGACUACUACUAUGACAUGAAGUACCUUGUCCCAUUCUCAUCAUUUAUUAGUUUACCAUCAGAUGUUUUAAGUCCUGAUAGUGAAUCAAAUUCGACCAUAUCAAGUGACGGUGAUGUUGUGGAGGUCAAAGAACAGAAGCAAGAAAAGAAACUCUUGGAUCUUUAUUCCGGUUGUGGUGGAAUGUCUACUGGGCUGUGCCUGGGUGCUGAUGUUUGUGAUGUUAAACUUGUCACUAAAUGGACUGUUGAUCUAAAUUGUUAUGCCUGUGAUAGUUUAAAAGCAAACCACCCAGAAACCGAGGUGAGAAAUGAAUCUGCUGAAGAUUUCUUAUUGCUUUUGAAGGAGUGGGAGCAGCUUUGUGCAUCCUGCUCCUUAUUGAAAAGCAAUACCCCGACACAUCCUUUGUUGAAAGUGGGAGAUGCAAAUGUGGAAGAUGAUGAUGAAGGUGCAGAUGAUGAUGAUGGGGGAUCUGGUGAUGAAGAUGAAGGUGAAAUUUUUGAAGUGGAAGAGAUCUUGGAAGUUUGUUAUGGAGACCCGAAGGAAAUAAAAAAGCCAGGCCUUUAUUUUAAGGUACGAUGGAAGGGUUAUGGCCCAGAUGAAGAUACUUGGGAGCCUAUAGAAGGCUUAGAUGGCUGCCAAAACAAAAUAAAAGACUUUGUGACUGAUGGCUUUAAAAGAAGUGUUUUGCCAUUACCUGGGCAAGUAGACGUCGUAUGUGGGGGACCUCCUUGCCAAGGAAUAAGUGGCUUUAAUCGUUUUAGAAAUUCAGCAAAUCCAUUACAAGAUCCAAAAAAUAAACAGCUUGAAGUAUUCAUGAGCAUUGUGGAGUUCUUGAAGCCAAGGUUCGUGUUAAUGGAAAAUGUGGUGGACUUGCUUAGGUUUGCACAUGGUUACCUUGGAAGAUAUGCACUAAGCAGACUUGUUGGAAUGAACUACCAAGCACGGAUGGGAAUGAUGGUUGCUGGGGCAUAUGGACUUCCACAAUUUCGUAUGCGUGUCUUCAUGUGGGGUGCUCUUCCUUCAGAGAAAUUGCCACAAUAUCCGUUGCCCACACAUAACGUUAUUGUGAGGGGUGGCAUUCCCACAGAAUUUGAGUUAAAUGCAGUAGAUUUUGAAGAAGGCCUGAAGGUCAAGCUAAAGAGAGAACUUCUUCUCGAGGAUGCACUUUCAGAUCUUCCUCCUGUGGAAAAUAAUGAACCAAGGGAUGAAAUGCCAUAUAUCGAUGAGCCAAAAUCAGUCUUUCAGCGUUUCAUAAGAUCAAGGAGGGAUGGUACGUUGGGUACUGUUUUGUAUGAUCAUCGUCCCCUUCAGUUAAACGAAGAUGACUACCAGCGUGUAACUCAAAUUCCCAAACAAAAGGGUGCAAACUUCAGGGACUUGCCUGGGGUUCGUGUUCGUGCUGACAAUGUUGUUGAAUGGGAUCCAGAUAUGGAAAGAGUAAAACUUCCAUCAGGGAAGCCUUUGGUUCCUGACUAUGCAAUGACUUUUGUUCGUGGCACUUCACAAAAGCCAUUUGGUCGUUUAUGGUGGGAUGAAAUUGUUUCAACAGUUGUUACACGAGCAGAGCCCCAUAAUCAGGCUAUAUUACAUCCAGUGCAGGACAGAGUGCUCACUAUCCGUGAAAACGCAAGGCUGCAAGGUUUCCCUGAUUAUUACAAAUUGACUGGACCAAUAAAAGAAAGGUACAUACAAGUUGGAAAUGCAGUUGCAGUACCAGUUGCCCGGGCUUUAGGGUAUUCUUUAGCAUUGGCAUUGAAAGGAUUGUCGCGAGAUCAACCAUUACUUACAUUACCACCUAAUUUUCCAUGUCUUGAGGAACUGGUCUCCAAUGACGAAUCUCUAGAUAAGGUUUAAUUAUCUGAACGUUACGUCAAGGUACUAACCUCAACUGAUUAUUCCAAGUAUUAUCAUUCAUUAGUUUACUGAAAACAGUUGUUGCAAUGCAAGUUCUGCAUUAACAUUAUAUUUUUUUGUUAGUUGCUAAUUUAGGACAAUGGAGAAGUUGGAAGUAGGUAUUGUGUUUUUGUAGGUAUCAUUAAUUUCUACAUUGGAUUGACAACUUAACUUAUUUUGGUGCAAAUGAUAACUGUUGUAUUGCAAUGGUUACAUUUUGAUUAUUUAUCUUAUAUGCAAAGCUUAUUUCUUUGCUUAAUUAA